CCCGCGGGCCUCGGGCUCCGGCUGUCCCUGGGGGGCUGGGGGUCGCUGGUCAACCCCACCGGGGUGGCGGCCUGCCGGAGGUCGGGGCGCCUGGCUGUGGCACACGACGGCAAGAAGAGGAUCCACGUCUUUGGGCCGAGCGGAUCCUGCCUGCAGCGGUUUGGGGAGCGGGGGGACGCGGGCAACGAUAUCAAGUACCCGCUUGAUGUGACGGUCACGUCGGACGGGCAUGUGGUGGUCACCGACGGCGGGGACCGCUCCGUGAAGGCCUUUGAUUUUGAGGGAAGGGGGGUCCUGGCUGUCCGGGAAGGUUUCUGCUUGCCCUGGGGCUUGGAUGCCACCCCCGAGAGUGAAAUAAUCCUGACGGACUCGGAGGCAGGCGCUCUCUACCGCCUGACGGCCGACUUCAAGAAGGGGAAAUUAAAGAAGUGUCAGAUGAUCUGGUCUCGGCUCAUCAGCCCAAGAGGGGUUGCGGUCUCCCAGACCUCAGGUGCUGUCGUGGUAGUGGAGCACCUGAAAGCUCAAGGACCGAACAACGGCAGCACCCGAGUGAAGAUAUUCAGUGCAGAGAUGGAUCUCGUCGGCCAGAUGGAUAGCUUCGGUCUGAACCUCGUUUUCCCCGCCAAAAUAUAUACUACGGCUGUGGCCUUUGACAAAGAGGGCCACAUUAUAGUAACGGAUGUCUGUAGCCAGGCCGUAAUAUGCUUAGGGAAACCUGAGGAGUUUCCCAUCUUUAACCCUCUAAUUAGCCAUGGCCUUUCUUACCCUGUGGGACUGACUUACAUGCCAAACAAUUCCCUCGCCGUUUUAGACAGCGGUGAUCAUUCAAUAAAAAUAUAUAGCUCCACCUGA